ACAGCCCAGAUGCUGAUUUCUCCAACCCACUCUGCCUUUCUGCUGCCUCCCAUUUGAGCCCCAUGAUGGCGACGCCUUCCCCCCCACCGCUUCUUGACCCCGAAGUACUUGCUGAACGCUUUGGUUUCUAUGAUUAUGUCGUCUUUAUAGCCAUGUUGAUCUUCUCUGCAAUAAUCGGCAUUUUCUUUGCCGCCAAGGGAGUAUACAAAUCUCAGAAUGACUAUCUGAUGGCUGGCCGCAGUCUAACUUGUUGGCCAGUUGCAUUGUCCCUCACAGCCAGCUUUAUGUCAGCAGUGACGGUGCUGGGGACCCCAGCUGAGAUCUAUCGCUUUGGGGUCGCUUUUAGUCUCUUCGUUUUCGCCUAUACCAUUAUGGUGCUGAUGUCUGCCGAAGUGUUCCUACCUGUCUACUACCGGCUGCAUAUCAUCAGCACCUAUGAGGUAAGCAGACUUUUAGCAUCUCCUCCCAGGACUGUAUGAAUAAAACCCUCCAGGUUAGCCUAACAACAUACGAUACCCGUAGUAAAUAUACCCCUAAGGCCUUUAAAAAUAAAUCAGGAGACUAUCCAGCAAGUUACUAGUCAACUAAAACAAUUCAGAAUUGGAUCUGGCAAAUCUCAAUGGACAAAGUACAGUAUUUCACAGAGAGAGCUCUGUUCCUGGAAGCUGCCUACUAGGAGUCACAGCUUCAAAGUAGAGCCUCUGAUGAUGAACUGAGCAUGGGGAACGUGCAUUAAACCCUUGAAGUUGGUAGUAUGGAAAUGCUAUUUCUUUCUUUUCCUCCGUUCCAUCUGUUGUUUUUCUGGCACCACUUUCUUAUAUAAAAAGCAGUCAUUUUCUCUAGCCAUGAAGCCACUCCAGGGUCAUCUUUGAAACUCACUUAACUAGAACAGGGGCAGGGAACCUCCAUCCUUUAGAUUAAACUGUCAAGUGACAAAGGUAUUUGAGAGCAGAAGCAGUAAAGGAGUCUAGAAAUGUUGUGAAAUGAUGAAAAGCUGCAGAAUGACUGCUCCCCACAUUAAAUGCCUUUUGCAUGGUUGCGUGCAGCCCCCCGGAUCUCAGUGCGACUCCUGGUAGUUCGGGCUGGCUUCACCCUCCCCAGGCUGGCUACCUGGAGGUCUCUGCCUACCUCAGCCAAUCGCCCAAUCCUGCCUGGGGAGGUGUUGCCAGGUGAUCGGCCAGGUAAGGGGAGGAACCACCCUGCCCACACAACAGAAGGUGAAUCUUACCUGCGAAGCGUCAGUUGGCUCCUGUGACUCAUCUUGAGGAUGACUCAUUCUCUGUAUAAAUAUUGUACAGUGGUACUUCGGGUUAAGUACUUAAUUCGUUCCGGAGGUCCGUUCUUAACCUGAAACUGUUCUUAACCUGAAGCACCACUUUAGCUAAUGGGGCCUCCUGCUGCCACUGCGCUGCCGGAGCACAAUUUCUGUUCCCAUCCUGAAGCAAAGUUCUUAACCCGAGGUAAUAUUUCUGGGUUAGCGGAGUCUGUAACCUGAAGCGUAUGUAACCUGAGGUACCACUGUAUUUGCUUGCAGGCAGACUCAGUGUGGAGCCUAGAGAGUCUGUGUCUGUGUGGUGGAGCCUGUGCUCUGUGAAGCCUGUGCUCAAUGGAAACUCUGUGUAUGCUCUGAAGCUAGUUUAAUCUUCUGUUCGCUAUGCUGUUAUUUGCAAACAAGUUUAUUUUAACUCAGUAAAGCUUUUAUUCUUUUACUGAAUAAGACUGUGUUAUUAAUUUACGCUGUAAGUCACAAAUUUGGCCCUCCAGGCCUCAUUUGGGGAAGCCAUGUCCACCCCCCCUACAUCUAAGUCAUAUAUUACAUCAGGCAUGGUGGGUGCAUAAGGGUGGGGCAUCAAACGAACUAUCAGGAGCUUAAAAUGAGCUCCUGGUGUUCCUUCACUAGAGCAAGAUGUGCUUCCAACUGCCAAUUGGCUGAUGGGAAACAGGAGUGCAUUUUGCUCAAGGAGGGGAAAGAACUGGUGCGGCUCUAAAUACAACAGCAACUUAUUGCAGAUCACGGAGGGUGUUUAACCCUCUCCUCUCAUUCCCUUUCCCUGAUCUGUAGUGCCUCCAUUCCCAGGAGCUGUGUUUAGCUAUUGAGAAGCUCUCUCAGUAAUUUUCCAUAGAACGUCACUGACGAAGUCUGUUCAAAUAGAUAUUUACUCAGAAGUAAGUUUCAGGGAGUUCACUGAGAUCUCACUCCUGAGCAGCUCUGCAUAGAACUGCAGUCUUAAACCUCCCCCCAAAAAGGAAUCGUGUCAGUCCUAUUUCUACAUAUUAGCUACAUUCAUAUGAAUUUGUAUGCUUUGUAUCUAAAAGCAAUUUGUCUCUUUUGCAGUACUUGGAGCUUCGAUACAAUAAAAAAAUGCGUCUGCUUGGAACAGUGAUGUUUAUGAUUUUAACGGUAAGUAAAGCAGAAUUUUUUAUUGAUUAUCCAUACUAAGAACAUAAGGGGAUCCUGCAGGAUAAGGCAAAUGGGGCAUCUAGUCCUUUUCUCACAGUGACCAGUCAGAUGCCUAUGGGAAGUCUGCAAGCAGGACCUCAGUUUAAUAGCACUCUGCCUACCGGCUCUUCAUAGCAGCUGGUAUUCAGAGACAUACUGCCUAUGAGAGUGGAGGUAGAACACAGCCAUUGUGGAUAUUGGCAGGUGAUGGCCUGAUUCUCCAUGAAUUUGUCUAGCUGUCUUUAAAAGUCAUUGAAAUUUAGUGGCCACCACUGUCUCCUGUAGGAGCGAGUUCCAUAGUUUAACUAUGCACUGCAUUUUUGUGUGAAUUUCCCCUACUAUAUACAUUUUUGUAAGCAAUUUCACCUAAUUUUUCUUUGUUAUUCUUGCUAUGUGUUUUUUUUACUGCAUUGGUUACCUAUAAAUAUAAUACAUAAAUAAAUAGUACAGAGACGGAGCAAAAGUCUGUGUGAGCCAAAAGUGUCUUGCGUUGCAUGAACAAAUGCGACUAAGAACUGGACUCGCUCAUUUUGUUUGCACGCUUAUUUCAGUGAUACCGGAGUUUUUGUUGGCAAAAUGCUCACUUAAAACGUGUAAUCAUUAUGUACUUUUCACAGUAUACUGACAAUUGUUUUGAAAUAUCAGGUUGUUGUUUUUACAUACUUCUUACGUUGCUCAGUUUGUUUCAUGGUACUUAAAUCAAACUGGUGCUUUUUCUCAAAGGACUGUGAGGUGGUAGUGUUUCAGCCACAAUAGUAAUGUUAGUAUGUAUGGUAUGUAUAUGUUGUUGUUUGUGUUCUAUGAUUGGUUAUGUUCUUCAACUCCCCUCCCCUCUUUGCCUAAGCACUAUGUGGGCUGUUGAAUAGGACUUGAUGCUUUUGUGCUUGCUCCUUGCAGGGAGGGCAUCCCUGGUGUAGAACAAAUAAUUCUGAGAAAGAACAUCUAACAUGUGUGUUUAUUUCAUCUCCUCAGAUAUUAUACACUGGAAUUGUUAUAUAUUCUCCAUCCCUGGCUUUGAGUCAAGGUAAUGUGAACACAUCGUUUAAAACCAUUAGCAAAGGACAAAAAACUAAUGUUGACUUAGGUGGUUCACUUGUGUGAAAUCUCCAGUACCUUUGUGGAAUGCUUGAGUCAAAUUUUGCUUACCCUGUAGCAUGUGAAUAAUAAGACAAUGAAAUCAAUGCACCUUAUGUAAUAUUUCAAAUAUAUGCGGUAGUUGAAAUAAUAACUCUUAUAGUUUGGCUGUUCAUGAAAUUCUUUUAAUCAUUUGCAGAGGCAUUAUCCUACUGCAGCUGGGUUAGGUCUCAGGCCCUGAGGUUGUCUGGAACAAGACUACACAACAGGUCACAUUGCAGACUCAGGCCCGAAGCACAAUAGCAUUAAGCAAAGUCAAAGUGAAGCAGGGGUCAAGCACAAAGGUGGAGUCCUGAGUCAAACAUAAUCCAAAAGCACAGCUGUGAGGCAGAGGUCAUCCACUAAAAGAUCAGCCAGAACUCAGGUUGCAGGAGUAAUGAGCUGAAAGGCAUAUGUUGUUUCAGCAAGUAGCAGACCUUAACUCCCAAAACUACCUCAGCCUGAACUCCAUGGCACAGAUGCUUUUGAGUGUGAGACCCCCUCUGGUCCCUCUGCUGCUGGAGACAAACUCCAAGGGUCUUUCCAGGGCAUUCCUUGGAGGCAGGCCUGGUGAGAUAUCUCCCUGGAUAGUAGGGUUGGGGUUGGAGGCUCUGUGAGGUCCCGUGGGUCUCCUGGCUCUGGGUCCCACUAUUCAGUGGGGUUUACUUCCAGGUCAGUGUGUACAGGAUUGCAGCUUUUAGUCCUUUUGUAAUGUGAGAGAAGGGAGAAGAAUUAAGGAGAGUCUCACUGAUGAGGGCAUUCUAUAAUCCCACCAGGGUCAGAUUUGAGGAGACCCAGAUUUGAAGCGACCCCCCAAUGCAGUCACACUUUUCCCGCCAAGGAAAGACAAGAGAUGGAGCAGGGCAUAGUGGCAGGCAGACACUGCAAGUGAGAGUCAAAUUUGACUCCUACUAAAAAGUGGCACAGCCGCUCUCCCUCUGCUAAAGUGCUGCUUGAGGUCCUGGUGAGGAGAGCAGAAAAAGCAUCACAGCUGCCAGUAAGAGAUCCUUCUGAGCUAUUAGGACCCCCGACACAAUACCUGGCCUGGCCAACUACAAGCACUAGACUGAAUGUCAUCACCUAGUAGGACUUUUCCCUUAUGGUCACCUGCAUCACCUAUUUAGGGGAAACCUGGAGAAGGGCCUCCUAAUGAUGAUCUUAAGGUAUGGCAGGUAUGUUCUUCCACAGUUCAAGUAUGCUUGCUACUCACCAUCCAAGUAGUAUUUACAUUUCUUGUUUAUAGCAAACUGUAAAUUCAUAAAUGUCAUGAAGAUUUGUAUGUGCACUCAUUGUUUUGUCUUCUUUGCAUUAAUAAAUAAAUAAAUAAACAAUGUUUUACCACAUAUCCCUAGAAAUGUUUCAAAGAAUAUUUAUGUGUUUCCCCUCCCUUUCAGUUACAGGAUUUCAGUUGUGGGGGUCUGUUAUUUCAACAGGAAUAGUCUGCACUUUCUAUUGCACUCUGGUAUGUGAACAGUUCACUUUAAUAAACAUUGUGGUUCCUGGAUUUAUAAAGUAACCUUUAUAAAUAAACAAAUCGAUCCCAACUUUUACUUUCAGAUUUGUUAUAGGAUUCUAUUUUUCAUGAUCUAUGUAUUUAUGUUAUAUCAGCCUUGCAUUCAACCUUGCCUAGAGGCCUUGGGAACAAUGAAUUCCUUGCAGGGAUUUGCUCCACCCCCCUUCUACCAGUAUUCUUGCUAGAAGAGACAUUUUUUACCUUCUUGUCAGUGCUGGUCACUGAGAUAAGAGAAUACAAGUGAUUUCCAGGAGGUCUCCCCCAUCCAAGUGUUGACCAGGUCCAAAUUUUCAGCAAGGUUGUGGCUUCAUGUGCCUUUACACCACAUUAUGAGACUAAAUUUUCUUAGCAGGCUAGUAAAAUAACGUUGGAGGCUAGUAAGUGUUGUGGGCUUAUCUACAAAGCUAUGCUACUAACACAUACAGUACUGGUUUUAUAAUAUUGUAAAGUUCAUGUUUUCCAGAAAAAAACUGCUUAAAAGCUUUGUUUGGUGAGAUGCUGUGAAUUUUCUGUUCAACAUCUCUAGCUCCCUGUCACAGCAAUGUAGUGUGGGUAUAUCAUGGCAUCAGUUACAUAGAUGUCUAAUAUGUGAAUCUCUGGAUGUUUCUAGAAGGAUGCUUAAUAUUGCAAGUGGGUUGUUGGCGACAGGGUUGGGUUGUUGUUUUUUAACUUCAAAAAUUUUCCAUGGAAGGGGUAAAUCUGGAUUAAAUGAGGGAGGAAUACAGACUGACAUUUUGAUGCCAACAAUGUUCUGUGGAUGCUUUAGGAAACUUCCAUACACGAGGAUCCCACAAUAAACACCUGUCUGUAAGAAUCCUGUGUACAAAUAUUCCAUUUCCCAGAUUAAACUGAAGGAAAGAGAAGGAAAUAUAGUUCCUGGAUCUGGUUUAAAAAGUUAAGAAACGCAUUGUGUAACUGGGUAAAAAAGGGAUCAUUUUUCAGUGCUUUAGAGUUAAGAUGGAAAAUUUAUCUUGCCCUCCCAUCCUAUAUUAGUUCUAUGCUGUCAGAAAGGAAUCUUACAUAUAAUUUAGAAUAUGUUUCUUUUCAUAUUCUUUUCAAAUUGAAUCUCAGCCAAUGGCUGAGAUUGUUUGAUUUUCAGCUGAAAUACAAGCAAAGUUCAGCACUUCUUAAAACUUCCUUUUCUGAGGGCAAAUAAAUGUUUAAGCUUAAGCUUAAACAUUUAAGAAGAGUUUGGAUUUGAUAUCCCACUUUAUCACUACCCAAAGGAGUCUCAAAGUGGCCAACAAUCUCCUUUCCCUUCCUCCCCCACAACAAACACUCUGUGAGGUGAGUGGGGCUGAGAGACUUCAGAGAAGUGUGACUGGCCCAAGGUCACCCAGCAGCUGCAUGUGGAGGAGCGGAGACGCGAACUCGGUUCCCCAGAUUACGAGACUACCGCUCUUAACCACUACACCACACUGGCUCUCUUUAAACAUGCUUAAGCUUAACAACUUUAAAAGAGAACAAUUAAGAUUUAUUGAGCAAGGACACCCGAGAUGUUUGUAUAUUGAUUGAUUGUAUUCAAAUGAAUCCCAAAGCGGCUUACAAACAAUAAAUACAGUGGUACCUUGAGUUACAAACACCUCAGGCUACAAACGCUCCAGGUUACAAAUGCCGCUAACCUUGAAGAGUUACCUCGAGUUGAGAACUUUGCUCCAGGAUGAGAAUGGAAAUUGUGUGCUGGCGGCGCAGCAGCGGCAAGAGGCCCCAUUAGCGAAAGCACACCUCUAGUUAAGAACAGUUUCAGGUUAAGAACGGACCUCCGGAAGGAAUUAAGUUCGUAACUAGAGGUACCACUGUAACAGUAACAUAAUGCAGCAUGAUAGAACUUCUAUGCGCAAAUAUAUGUGCAUAUAUCUAUACAGACAGAACUGACUUUUUUUUAACAUAUACUACAUCUGCUUUUCUUGUAUAGGGUGGCCUAAAAGCAGUGGUUUGGACGGAUGUUUUCCAGUUUAUACUGAUGAUAAGUGGGUUUCUAGCCGUGAUUUUUCGAACUUUAGUAAUUAAAGGAGGAUUUACUGCUAUUAUGGAUGAUGCUCGUCAUGGAGGAAGACUAAGACUCUGGGAGUAAGUGUUUCCUUAGUAUGCUACCCAGGACAUUCUUAAAGGUUUUGAAAAGUUUGGGAAUUUACAUUUCAGUGGGUGGACAACUCAAGAGAAAGUAACUCCCUUGAUAAAAUAUCGAUCUCUGAGUGGUAUUAGAACAGCAAAUUAAUGGUAAAGCUUAUAAAUGUGAAAUGCAUACUUGCUUAAGACUUCAGUCCUAUUGGAUUGGUGAUGGGGGAACUGAAGACCUUUCAUCCUGCCUCAUGCUCCUGCUCUUUCUGAUAGAGCAGGAGUGAGGGUGGAGGUGCAUAUUUGGAAUCUUCUAUCCUAUUUCCACUUUGGGGGGGGGGACCUGUAUCCUUCCCAUUGUUCCUAAUGGCAGGAAAAUAAAAGGAAUUGAUUUAUGCCAGCUCCUGGAUUGGCAUAAAUCUCUCCUUGUUUGCAAUCAUGUCAAUGGACUGGGAAGGCUAUGGCCCUCCCACAGCAAACCCACCCCCUUCUGGCUAUAUUGAUGUCAGAGCUCUGAAAUCAGUAGAGCACAGGCUAUCAAGUAGAGGAAUUUCAUUCAAAGUUCUAACAUUCCCCCUUUUCUCCACUGAAUUCUUCAUUUUUUUUUUCCAUGUCAGAAUUUGCACAUUACUUUUAUAUGCCUUUUUUCCUCUUAGCUUUAACCUAAGCCCUCUGCAAAGGCAUACUGUGUGGACAGUUACCAUUGGCGGCAGUUUCACUUGGCUUGGCAUAUAUGGAGUAAAUCAGUCUCAGGUUCAACGGUACCUUGCUUGCAAAUCAAGACUUCAUGCAAAACUGUAAGACUACAUAUUGUAAAUCCAUUCUUUCAGUCCAAAUAUUCUCAGGUGCACUAGCGGAUUACUCAUGUGCUUCUGUGAGGAUUGUUUGAUCUGUGUUUCAACUUAUGGGUGCUGGAUAUGUGAUUUAUUUCCCAUGCAACAUCUUUUUUUUUGCAUGGACUUCACCCAGAAAUGUGAUCAUAGAACCUUAGAGUUGGACGAGAUCCAAGGGCCAAUCUAGUUCAACCCCCUGCAAUGCAGGAAUCCUAGCUAAAGCAUCCAUGACAGAUACUUACCCAACCUCUGCUUAAAAAUCUCCAAGGAAGGAGAGUCCACCACCUCUUGUGGGAAUCUGUUCCACUCUUGAUCAGCUCUUACUGAUUUGCAAACAGAAGCUGGUUUCCAGUUAUGGAAAGUGAUUAUUGAGUACUUUGUCAUUUUGCUGAAUCUGCUUUGCUGAAUCUAUUAAGGCGCACUAAGUUGCAUAUUUGCUAAAAUCCUCUUGAAGUUAUGUAAGUUUCUACUUUGCAAAAUGAUAAAGUGAAAUUAGAUAUCAGGGUUUGGUUUAGCAAUAAACUGUAGUCUUGCCAAUCCAUGAAAUAUCUUCUAAAUCAGGAAGAGAAUUUCAAAGGUAGUCCUACUGGACAGCAAAGUUGUCCAAACAUUUGGUGGUGUGCGCUGUAAUUAAUUAAAAGCACUUUGCAUUAAUUUGUAGGGGUUACCUUGUACCUUAGGCAUGAUGUAUUUGCAGCUGUGUUCAUAGUAUCAUAGAGUUGGAACGCACCCCAGUGAAUCUCUGUUUUCAUAUAAUUUGCGCAAGAACAAUGCUUCUUUAACCUACUUUUCUGACAUUUUCUUACAGCUCUCUUUAUUUAAAUCUUAUGGGACUUUGUCUAACUCUUAGUUCUGCAGUAUUCAGUGGACUCUCAAUGUACUCCAUAUACAAGGAUUGUGAUCCAUGGACUUCAGGCUUUGUGGCAGCACCAGAUCAGGUUUAGUAUUACUGUCAAGUGAUACAGUUACACACAGAAUAGAUCAGACUCAUAUUUAUCUUCCAUGUAACUAAGUUUUAAGAAGGCCUUUUGGAAAGAUAACAUAAUCAGCAAGUUAUGAUUGUCAGGGACAAGGAAAACUGCCACUUUACUUGAAAUAAUAGACAGAUAUAAUAAAAUCAUGAAGCAAGGAACCCUCUCAUUCCCAAACAAAGUGGGAAUUUCAAAUAGGCAUCUUCUGUAGGAAGAAAUAAUAUAUGUUUAUGCAGCCAGGUUGGUUCAGUACAAUUACUUGCCUAUUUGGCUUGCGAGGCAUCUACUCAUGGACCUGGUCUCUCCUAUUUGUCCAAAGCAGGGAUAUGUGAUCAGAUUUUUUCCUGUAACUUUCCCCUCUGCAGCCUCUUCCUCCAGUUCAAAUAUGUCUCUCGCUUCUCCUUAUUACUCUGCUUUGAGCUCAUACCUGUUUCUCCUUGUACUUUUCCUCCCAGUUCACCUGUGUUCUCCCUCCUUCCUCGCCUUCUACAUGCUCUCCACAACUCCUCUGGUCCCUUCUUUAUCUUUAGUGCUUUGAAUUCACCCUGUGGUCUUGCCUCCCUCGCUUCUUUCAGCUGCAAGUGAUCACACCCCUUUAAAAAUGGGUUUCUAAGCCCACGGAGAAAACUAGGAAGCCUUUCAAGUGGUCUGUAUGCCAGCCCCACCAAGCUUUUUCAAUGCCUGGGCCACUCCAGCUGUGCGUCAGUCUUCCAUGUUAUGGCAAAGAAUAUGCUCAGAAUGUAAGCACAUAGUGCCACACCCUGUGAAUCUCAGCCACAGUAGUGUUUGAGUAGGAAGCACCCAAAAUGCCAAGGUGUCCUCUGUGUUUGGUAGCCAGUGUACAUUUUGCCCUGAAGCUACCACCUUUCUCAAAGGGUUUACAUGGAACUUAGCUGGAGUAACAAAUCGUUCUCAGCAAACAAAGGGUACUUUUCCCAACCUAGUGUGCUAUGUUUAAUAAUCAAUGGAAUAUGUGUGUGUGUGUGUGUGUGUGUGUGUGUGUGUUCAGUGUUACAAGCACAUGCACAAACCUAAAUAAUUUCAAGAUAGAUUUUUAUUUCAAACCAUGAUUGAGUUUCUAAACUUCAAAUCAAAAAAGUUUACUAUUUCUCAAUGGUGAAUUUUUUUUAGCUCAUGCCGUAUUUCGUGUUGGAGAUUUUGGGUGACUAUCCAGGAGUUCCAGGACUUUUUGUGGCUGGGACUUACAGUGGGACAUUAAGGUGAGUUUCAGUGGGACAUCCAGGUCAUUUUUAAGUGACCCUAGGUCUAGAUUCUAGAAAGUUACUGGCGACUUUCAGCCAAUUUUUAAAACGAUAAAUCAAUGUCUCUCGGGCCAAACUAAGCAUUAUGCUGAACACACAGUUGAUAUUGCAUUUUAAAAAAAAUAUUCAAUAGCAGUUUUGAAGGGAGCUCAAGUGGAACCGCAGGAAGUGAGUUUAACCCUUUCCCUCUAUACUGCAGACCUGAUUAAAAUCUGCUAUUUGGCACUGGAGGAAAGCUGAUUGACCUUCCUCACAGUUGCUGUUUAAAGUUAAAACAGGAAAACGUUCAUUAAUGCAAGAUGAGCCAAAGAUCCCUCUAGUCCGGCAUCCUGACUUAAAGUAGCCAGCCACAUAUCUAAUGGGAAACAUGCAGGCAGGACCUGAGCGCAACAGCACUUGCCCCUCCUGUGGUUUCCAGCACCACCUCCAAUGGUGGAAGUAGAAUGUAGCUGUUGAGGUCAGUAGCCAUAAACAGUCAUAUCCUCCGUUAGUCCGGUCCCCUGUUAAAGUCAUCCAAGUUGGUGGCCUUCGCUCCAUCAGGUGGUAGUGAAUUUCAUAGUUUCACUUUUGUCUGUCCUGAAUCGGUCAACAUUCAGCUUCAUUGGAUGGCAAAAAUGGAUAGUAUCAUGAUAUAACAUGCAGUGUGACUCUCAAUCAUAUGUAUAGUGGUACCUCUGGUUAAGAACCCAAUAGUUAAGAACUUAAGCUCCCACCGCCUACCGGAAAGGGCACCGCUGUUCCAGUUCCUUUGUGGAGCCUCUGCCAUCCCGCAACGCCGCCGCACCAAGGCGGGUGAGCGGACUUAGUUGCCUCAUCACAGCCUCACUGGCACUGUGGUGCUUUUGGGUAUAUUAGCUCUGUGACUUGGCACGAGUACCUUGUCAUGAAUUGUUACUGCAAAUGACCAGCUCACCAAGUGGUUAAUGUAGGAAAGUCUUACCACUUUUAGCACACAUCGGGCUCAGUGGCAGGAAAAGCUCUCAUCAAGCUUUCAUAAAUACAGAUGACAGACUGAGAAUACGAUGAAAAGCCAUUACCACUUUGUGAAUUGUAUUGGGACAAUGUUUCUGUCGUAGCUCAAGUUUUGUUCCUCCCCAUCCCUGCUCCCAAAAUUAUAUCAGUUUUAAAAUAUUUGUGCAACCGCAACACAAAUGCAAACCUCAGAAAAUUUUAAUUUUAUAUUCUUUAGUACAGUGUCAUCCAGCAUCAAUGCAUUAGCUGCUGUAACAAUUGAAGACCUCAUUAGACCUCAUUUUAAGAUGUCUGACACAAGCAUGUCAUGGAUUUCCAUAGGAAUGAGUAAGUUUGUAUGUGAUAUUUUAUGUUUUUAAAUAAAAAAUCCCAUUUUUUCUCAUUAACUGUAGAAGUUAAGAUACAUUAAAAAAUCUGAGUGAGGCUUAGACAUAAUAAAUGCAGCUGUCUCAUUGCUAUAUAGGAUUAUGCCUUGUAUAUAGAAUAAAACACUAAAAUCCAAAUGGAAAAAUGACUUCAAAUGUGUAAUAAAGGAAACUCACUGGACAGCUAUGUGGAAUAAGCCACCCUUUGUUUCUGGUUUGGACAUCAUGUCAGGGCAGAUUUUGCCUUAUUUACCAACACCAUGACAGGACCAGUGGAGGAACAGAGUGGAGCAAGAACUUAGUGUGUGCCAGCAUGCUGCAUGUUAAACCAUAGUUUUGUAAAUCUAUAGUUCAAUGUGACAAGUGAAAUGGGUCUGUGUCUUCCAUCUGCUCUUUGUAGGCUUGUUUACAUACAGUUUUGCACAGUGAUUGUUUAGAGCAGAGAUAAGUGGCCUAUGGCCCUUCAGAUGUUGUUUAACUCCAACUCCCAUCAGUCCCAGAAAACAUGACCAGUAAUUAGGGAUGAUGAGAGCUAUAGUCCCACAACAUUCGGAGGGCCACACAGCAGAAAUGCAAUUUCUCAGACUACACAGCAGAAAUGCAAUUUCAACCGAUGCAGACAUUAUUGCUUUAGUACCAGACCAACCUGUCCCUCUGAUUUGCAGAACAUUUAGCCUUAUGAAGAAUUCUGGUGGUUGUGGGCUCCAAAAGUUGACCAAAGGAAAAGGACUUUAUAACUUUUCAAAAUAGAAGUGGCAGCUGACAUGCUAAUGUAACCUACCUCUUUCUCUGCUUAGGUUACACAGUGGUUUCUCUCUGAUAAAAGCUUAUUUAUUUGGCAUGCAGAGGAUAGGCCCCAAGAGAUUAUGUCAUUGUUUCUGCUGUGAAAUGUGGUAGAGCUUUGUCCCAGCCCAUCUACUUGUUUGCCCUAUACUCUCUGUUGGUGCCUGUGCUGCCUACAGCUUCAUGCGAUGCCUGUGGAAAAUGUAUGAUCACUACCUGUUGUAUUUCCACUGCAGCUAUGGGGCUGCACAGGGCCACCUGAUGCUCAGAAAAAAGGAGACCACCUAAAAUUGCCAAUACAGCAGCCAAAAUGCUGGGCCAUAAUUAGGCUGCAAGUUAGCCAUACCCAAUGUACAGUAAAUUAUUAUAAUCCAUGAUAACAUAGGAUUUCCAUUUUUAUGCAUGAUAAUCAUAUAAUUAAACCAGUCUGUUACAUAUAUGAAUAAACCAUAUAAACUUUGCAUAAAUUUAUUCAUUUAGACCUGCUUUUUGGUGCAGUGUGCCUUGCCAUGGCUGGCGUAGCAUCCAAGAUGGGUGGUUUGUUACAGGUAAGCAUUUAACGGUUAUUCUUAGACUUCUAGUUUUUAGAAGAAUUUGCUUAGAUUAUGUGAAUCUAAUUAUAUAUUCUAUAUUCCUCAUUAAGUGCUCUGCUGGCAAGUUCAGUGGCUAAGGGGUUGCGUUCUGACUCUCAGAGGAAGGAAGAGGGGCAGUGGCCUGAGCUAAGCACCUGCACUGCCAAAACUGUCAGCAGAGCUGCUGGUUUUAAAACAGUGAGAAAAGGGGGGGGGGGAGGAGUGUCGCUGCUGAUGUGUCAAGCUUCGCCAUCACCUGAAAUGGCAGGUUUCUUGGAGCUGUAUCUUUUUGAAGGGCCUCUCCUAAAAAGCCCUUCCAUAGUCAAAUGAACUUCAAAGCAGGGUGAAAGAAAAACAGAACUUAUACUUUUUGCUAAUUUACUUUUUGUUUUUGCUAGUCCCUGUAUUUACUAACCACCUUGAUUUUGUUCCAUCCUUCAGGCUGCGCUCAGUAUUUUUGGAAUACUUGGUGGACCUCUUUUGGGAAUAUUUUCUAUGGGCAUCCUUUUACCUUUUGCAAAUCCUACAGUAAGUAAUUCUUUUGUCUUCUGCUUCUUAAUAUGCAAUGGUAUAAGAGAGCUCAUUUUAUACUUUAAUAUUUUAGCAGUCCACAGAGUAUUUAUAGUGCUUUCAUUAUUUAGUAACUUUACACGCACACAUGAUUUGUUCACACAUAAUGCAAAGCUAUGGUUUUGCAUUCUGUCAACAGGCAUUCAGGAGCCCAGUGCUCAUUCACUCUCCUCCUCUUGUCUUCUUGUCUUGUCUUCUUGUUUGUAAUGAUUCCUUGCUGCCUACCCUACUUUGAGACAAACCAUUGCUUGCCAUUUUGUCUUAUCCAGAAAGGUAUGGUUUGGCAUUAAUGAGGAUAGGAGACAGGAAACGGUUGCACACUAGGGAAGAGAAAGUCUGUAAGCCUAGAUUCCUGACUUCAUGAAUAAUGGUUUGAGGUGAUGUCUUAACCACCCCAGAAUAAAAAAAAGUGGAACGAAUGCUGUCAUCCCCCUGAUCAAAAUGCUGAUGGAGAUAUUGAGAUGAAGAAUGAAAUGAAGCAUUUGAAAGAGGAAAUAGAGUUAACGUCUUAUUUCAACUACCCUUACAUAGUCUGGCUACAUAUGUGUUACACUCAUGACAAAGAAAUAACAAAAUUCUUUAUAUCCUAAGUGACUGUAGCAGAAUGAGUUUAAAAAACAGGUGCCCAAACACUAGCCUCCAGGAAUCCUGUAUUUGAUUAGGUGAUUUUAAACAUUAGAGUCAGAACCUUUUUUGAAAGGAUUUGUCCCUAUUGUUCAUGCUGAGUUUACAUUGUGUGUAAUUUUCUACUUCUCAGGGUGCAUUUUCAGGUCUCCUGUGUGGAUUUAUUGUUACAUUAUGGGUUGGACUUGGGGCUAUCAAAUACCCUCCCUCUCGUGACAAAACAUUGCCGUUACCCCUUUCAACAGCAGGCUGUCGGAAAUACAAUGUUACUCUCACCACGCCAUUAACUACUACUGUGCAUACUACACCUGCUCAAAGGUAUGCAUAAGACUUCAAUUAUAUGUUAGAUAUGGUUGAAUGAUGUUCGAUAUGGUUGAAUGAUGUUUUUUACACAGAGUGUUUUAUCAAGCUCUUGUGGGCCUCUUAGGACUUCCUUUGGGAAAGCAAAAGCAUGGCAUAGGCAUUAAAUGUGAAAUGAAAUGAUACACUGAAUGUGGGACUACAUUCUAAUUAAACAAUGAGGGCUUAUUUGCUGGAAUAAUGUCCCUUUGUCCACUGGCAUAUUAAUGCUUUAAGAUUAUCUUCAAAAUAACUAGAGUUUAACCAAAUUUACUUGAGGGUUUUUUUUGUCUGUCUGGAGGCUUUUGCUAAUCAGUUUCAUUAGAUGAUGCCAAGUUUGGGUUAUUUAUUUAUUUUAGUUAUUAUUUAUUAAAUUUAUAUCCUUGGCUUCCACUCAAAGGUGUGUUUGUUACUUACCCAUAGAACAGAAAAUUAAAGUGUUGUGCCAGUAUCUGUACUAUCUCUUUAAGACUACAUGCUGACUGUUCAAUCCUAUAUAUGUCUGUGCAGAAAUAAGUCCUACUGAGUUCAGUGGGGCUUACUCUCCAGUAAGUGUAUAUAGGAUUGCAGCCUUUGUCACUUUAAAUUACAGUAUGCUUAAGCUAAUUUUUGGAUAUCAAUACAGCAUAAUUUUGGAAGGAAAUGUUUUUUCCCCUUUUCAGAACUUUUCUUCAGGAGUAUUGGUACUCGCUGUCCUAUCUGUACUUUAGCACAUUAGGAACUUUGAUCACAUUCAUUGUGGGAGCCAUCGUAAGUGCAAUGACAGGUAAUAUUUUUUCUAGUUUUGAUUAAGCUUUGAUUAAAGCAUAGAAAUCCGCAGUCUGAAGCUCAUUUGAAUUUGUAUUGCUAUAUAUCUUUAAUGAAGCAAAACAUGCAUGUAAAGUAGUAUUCAGGGAGCUGCAUCUAUGAUAACGUGUUCAAAAUUUAUCCUGACCCAAGUGUAGUCAAAAUAUUUUGAUUAUUUUGAAAACAGGACUGUUAAGAAGUUACCCAUUGGAAUGGAGAUCAUAUUUGAAUAGAUGAUUUCGUUCCUGGGAGUGUACUGUAUGUCCCUUUCUGGAGAAAGAGCUCUCAUCUUGGAGAGGUAGAUCUGAUGUCAAACACCACCUCCUCACCAUUAUGGAAGCUUCUAUGACCCUUCCUCUACUAAUGCCAUCAUUUGUGCUUUGACAUCAUUUAGGCCAAAAAAGAGGCAUGGUGAUCCAAUAAAAUGGAAUGUUGUUUCUUACCAUUCUUUACCCAGGGGAAGGGGGAGCAGCUCCUCCCUCUAGCUCCAAUACAGUAGUACCUCGGGUUACAGACGCUUCAGGUUACAGACGCUCCAGGUUACAGACUCCGCUAACCCAGAAAUAGUACCUCGGGUUAAGAACUUUGCUUCAGGAUGAGAACAGAAAUCGUGCUCUGGCGGCGCGGCGGCAGUGGGAGGCCCCAUUAGCUAAACCUGGUACCUCAGGUUAAGAACAGUUUCAGGUUAAGAACAGACCUCGAGAAUGAAUUAAGUUCUUAACCCGAAGUACCACUGCACAAAGGACUAAGCAGAUUUCUUAAGAUAUACUUUGUUGUGAGGGAGCAUCGCAAGAUGCAGCACAGUGACAAACCACAAUAAUUCUCAAUAAGAAAUUGAGGAAACAUAAAAGACACACCUGAAUGUUCACCUCAGAAGUCAACAGAUGAACUGCUUCUGUUUCUAUCUCAAACUCCUUUAGAAUUGCUAAGUUAAAAGCAGAUUUUCAAAGCUGGGUUCUAAGGCCUCGGAGGUGAGCAACUUCCAUGAGGUACACAAAUAUGGUAUGGGGGAAAAUAAAACUAGGAAGAAAGGAAAAACAAACAAUGAAUUUCCCAUAAAGCUCACCAUCGCCAUUUUGUGUCAUAUUAUAUAUUGCACUUAAAGCGUUUUAUUUGCAGCUGUAUAGCUGAGUCAAUGUUACUAGUAUGACAUAGUAGAAAGAAUAAUGGGGCAAGGUAGGGCAAGGGAGUAAGGACUCAGUGGGCAGGCUGAAGCCCACCUGAAAGUAGUUCCAGGCCCCCUGGUUGGUUCCAGCUCACUCUUUGAGCAACACUGUUCUAGCAUGUUAGUCCUGGAAACCUAGUAGUUGUAAAUAAAUAGGUAGUGCAAGUAAAUAAAUAGGUACGCUGUGGUGGGUAGGUAAAUUGCGUUCCUGUGCGCUCUGGCUUCUGUCACAGUGUCCCAUUGCGCCAGAAGUGGUUUAGUCAUGCUGGCCACAUGACCCGGAAAGCUGUGGACAAACGCCAGCUUCCUCAGCCUGAAAAGCGAGAUGAGCGCUGUGCCCCAUAGCCUCCUUUGAUUGGACUUAACCAUCCAGGAGUCCUUUACUUGGAAACAAGUUUAUCAUAUCUGACAUAUGGCAAGGAGAUAGCUUUGGAAAUAAUCUUCUUUGCCUCACAUGACAUAAGAUUGCUGAGUAGCUAUAGAGCAAUUUCUAAAUUCCAUCUUUCCAUCUAAAUUCCAUUCUCUCCAGAGGGGAGUGAGCAUGAGUGGGUCAUAUCUGUGCUGGAACUGAAUUGCCUUGUGUGAGAUCAUGUUGUUAAUCCAACUAUCUUCUAGGAGGAUUUCAGCAAACCGUGGAAAGCAGACUUCUCUUUGGCAAAGAAGACUUUAUAGGCAACUUUGUGUUUUGGAAAUCUAAGUGGGUAAGUAUGCUUUUGUAAGUCUUUCUCAUAUGUAUUUCAUAGGCAGAUAGUGUCCACCCAUCUAGAUAUCCUGUUUGUUUUCAGAACUUAAUCUCAGACAUUUUGUGAAGCAUGCUUAUAGUAGAAGCAUGAAACAUAUUGGCCUCUGCCAAAAAAAAUCCUCAUGUGAAGUACCAGCUCCAUCAAAAUAUAUUCCUGUUUGCUCAUCACCCUUUAAUAUGUACUCCCUUGCUCUACUUCAUGGCAUGAGUAGAUAGGAUCUAACAGCAGGUGCCAAAUGUACACACACAAGAGCUGUAUGUAGUUUUUGCCUACACAAUGCUUUUGAAUGUGCAAGAUCUAAUCUAGAGUGUAAUCUAAGAAGUCUUAUUUUAACAUACACACACCAUUUACUGGAGUGGAGUCAAGCAAGGUUAUACACGUUGGCCUCAGAUUUUACACUUAAGACCAUUGAAAUUAGUGGUCUUAAGUGUAGUUGACUCUGCACUGGACUAUGGUUAUAAAGAGAAAACUAGGUUUUUUCUUAUACAUGUGACUUUAUGACCAUUACAUUUUCAGGUACAGCUGUAUGAAAAGCUUCAUCCAAAAGUUAAUCCAGAGGAGACAGUGGUUUCUGAAGGUGCUGUAGAAGGUACCACGGAUGACACGGAAGGGGGGAAAUAGAAGUGCACAACAAUUAACGCAGUGGAGUACAAAGUCCAGCAAUGUUUCAUUUUAUUCAUUGUAUUUAAAAAUAGAAAUUUUGGUGUGUGUUUUUUCAAUAAAUCUGUAUUGAAGCA